UGCCCUUGCACUGUUGAAGCAAAAAACAGACACCAUUUUGUAUUCUCGUGCGGCAAGGAGGUCUGGCUGCAUUGUUAGUAGGUGAUUAACCAGUAUUGUAUCGUGAAAAUGAACGGGUGUCGCAUCUUCAUUGGCCGGCUGAAUCCCUCAGCCAGGGAGAAGGAUGUAGAGCGCUUCUUCAAAGGAUAUGGCAGAAUCCGCGACAUUGAUCUGAAGAGGGGGUUCGGUUUUGUGGAAUUUGACGACCCCAGAGAUGCUGAAGAUGCUGUUUAUGAACUUGACGGCAAAGAGCUUUGCAAUGAAAGAGUGACCAUUGAGCAUGCUCGCGUGCGCCUGCGAGGGGGGAGGGGACGCGGCGGCGGAGGCAGUGGUGGUGGCGGCCGCUUCCCACCGCGCUACGGCCGAGGCUCUCAGGAUAGCCGUAGUCGGAACCCCCCUCCUAUGCGCACCGAGAACCGGCUCAUAGUGGAGAACCUGUCGUCCAGAAUCAGCUGGCAGGACCUGAAGGACUUCAUGAGGCAAGCUGGUGAAGUGACUUUUGCUGACGCCCACCGCCCAAAGCUCAAUGAAGGUGUUGUUGAGUUUGCAUCGUCAAGUGAUCUGAAAAACGCCCUAGAAAAACUGUCUGGCAAAGAGAUUAAUGGGAGGAAAAUCCGUCUCAUUGAGGCCAACAAAAAGAGGUCCAGGUCUCGUUCCCGCUCUGAGAGCUCGUCUCGUUCUCGUUCUCGUGGUCGUUCUCCGUCGCGGUCCCGCUCUCGCUCCCGCAGCAGGAAGUCUUACCGCUCUCGUUCCAGGAGCCGAUCCCGCUCGGCCAGCCCCUCCCCUGCCCCCGCCCGUCCCAAGGAGUCUUCCUCCUCCUCCUCCUCCAAGCGGCCCGCCCGUGCUGAGUCGGGCUCCCCUCCCAGCCCCGCUCCGCAGCCCCGGGCACCCCCCUCCCCUGCCCGCUCCCGCUCCCGCUCCAGGUCUCGCUCCCGAUCACGUUCCCGCUCCCGUUCCCGUUCUCUCUCCCCAUCCUCUGACAGCCGACACUAAGUGGCAUGAGCACAUUCAGAUACACGUGGUCAAAAUCACAUGCUGAAGCUCUCACACACAUGCAUUCACAUAACACACACACACACACACACUUGACAUCGCCCAUGCUAGCCCUGUUUGGUGGGUGUUUCCUGUGAACAGCGGUUUAUUACGACCCCCAACCCCCAGUCUUUUCCUUCAUGUGUACCACUCAUCUACCAGCAGUCUGAUCAAACAGUGUUCGGAUUUGUGUUCACCCUUUUUAUCUGUUUAAAAAAAAUCGUUGCCCAUGACCUGAGGUCCCAUAGACAGUGAGAGAAGUAGCGGGCACUACAAAAGACAAGACGGUUGCGCUCAAAUCGUAUGUAUUUGUUUUUUUGUUUUGUUUUUCAUAUUUUAUCAUGGGAGUGGCGUUUUUUUUCUCUUUGGCUUCUGAACAGUGGCACUCCUUUGCUGGUUGUGAAACUGUUGCAAGGCUCUUUGUGGUCCUCCUUCCUCCAUGCUGUUAGCCCUAGUCAUCUACAUGCUCCCUACUAGGUGUUUAGCACAAAAAGGGAACUGUCGCAAAAGGUUUGGUGAUUCAGAUUCGAGCCGUAUGUGGUGAGUAUCCUUGUCUUUUUUUAUUUUCUAUUGCCCUCAUUUUACCAUUUUCCUUUAUUAAAAUUUCUCAUACGUUUUUUUAUGUUUGGUAACGUGCCAGUAUGGACAGUUAUUAAAAAAAGAAAGAAAUUGAAACUGGUGAAAAAUGCUUGUUUGUGUAUAGACAAAUUAAGUUGUUUUUUUGUUUGUUUUUUUAUGCCUUGCUUCUUGGGAAAUGCAUUACGUUUUGACAUGAUGUGUCCUCUUGUAAAGUGUAUUUUGGAGUCUCUUUUUUUCUAGUAAGAUGAUCAAGGUUUAAACUUAAGUCCCUUGCCAUCGGAGCAUGUGGUGGCUGUUAGGACCUCCUCGUAAAGGGCGGUGAGAGAGGGAGGUCUGUUUCCAGACACUGGUGGAACUCAUGGUGAGAUGGAACUCUCUUUGAGGGGAGGUGCUGUUGUCAGGAGCGUUUUCUCUGUCACACACAUUAGACCAGACUCUUCAAAAUCAGGCACCUCUACAUUAUGUACAUCACAAUAUGGGCCACUGGUAUUGGUGUUUCUGAGAGAGAUCAGGGCUCUUCCUUGAUCACAUGUGUGAAGAUGAGCUGCCCUUUAAGUUACCUAGGCUGUGGAUAUUUUUGAUUGGCUACCACUGCUGUAUUGGAUUCAAAGAGUGUGUGAAGAGAAUGCUCUCAAACAUCAGGGGUUUUAUUUUACUUUUUAUUUUGUUUUAACGUUUAUCUUACCCCACCCCUGUUAAAGUUUGUCCUGUUAGCCUCACUCAGGUUUGGGAUAUUUGGUUCAGUUUAUUAACUGAUCUAAUAUGUACAUAUAUCUGUAUCUGGUAUUUCACAAAUAAAGAACUCCGUUAUUACAA